CUUUCGCGCUUCGGCAACAUGGCGGCUGCGACGGCAGCCUCGGGUUCCUCCCCGACUUCGACCCCAGCCCCGACCCCGACCCCGGCGUCUGCCCCGGAUCCCUCCCUGGCCUCCGCCCCAGCGCCUGCCCCGGCCCAGCCACAGACCCAGGGCCAGGCCCCGGCGUCGGCGCCUCCGCCGGCUGCCCCGACUCCGGCGCCGGCCCCCCUCGGGCCUGGGCUCCCCGGGCCGUUCCCCGGCGGCCGCGUGGUCCGGCUGCAUCCGGUCAUCCUCGCGUCCAUCGUGGACAGCUACGAGCGUCGUAACGAGGGCGCGGGCCGCGUCAUCGGCACUCUGCUGGGAACCAUUGACAAACACUCAGUAGAAGUCACCAACUGCUUUUCAGUGCCGCAUAAUGAGUCUGAGGAUGAGGUUGCUGUGGACAUGGAAUUUGCUAAGAAUAUGUAUGAAUUACACAAGAAAGUCUCUCCAAGUGAGCUUAUUUUGGGUUGGUAUGCCACAGGUCAUGACAUCACCGAACACUCAGUACUGAUUCACGAGUACUACAGCCGGGAGGCCCAUAGCCCCAUUCAUCUUACUGUGGAUACCAGCCUCCAGAAUGGGCGAAUGAGCAUCAAAGCUUAUGUCAGUGCUUCCAUGGGUGUUCCUGGAAAAACGAUGGGAGUGAUGUUCACUCCACUGACAGUGAAAUAUGUCUACUAUGAUACUGAGCGAAUUGGAAUUGACCUGAUCAUGAAGACCUGUUUCAGCCCCAACCGUGUGAUUGGCCUUUCCAGUGAUCUGCAGCAAGUGGGUGGGGCAUCAGCCCGGAUACAGGAUGCGCUAAGCACAGUGCUGCAGUAUGCUGAGGAUGUGCUGUCUGGAAAGGUGUCAGCAGACAACACUGUGGGCCGCUUCCUGAUGGGCCUGGUUAACCAAGUUCCCAAGAUUGCCCCUGAGGACUUCGAGAGCAUGCUGAACAGCAACAUCAAUGACCUGUUGAUGGUGACUUACCUUGCUAACCUAACCCAGUCACAGAUUGCUCUCAACGAGAAACUUGUGAGCCUGUGAGGAAACCAGCGAGCAGCAGCCACAGCUAGCCACUCCAUCCGAUGUGGGUCCUCCCUUGGAGCAGAAGAACAGUGGAUUCUUCUUUAACCGUCAUCUUUAAGUUGCCUGUUUCUGUAGAUGAGCUGUUUAUAACUCCAAAUAAACCACAGACAUCCCUUUUC